CCACUGGCUAUCUGCAUUUAUGUGACAGAAUUGUCUAUUCUAUUGCUCUUUCCAUUGUUUGAAAAUUUCAUAAAGACUUUCUCAAAGAAAUUUCCUCCUCGUGAUAAGUGUAAGUCAAACUACCCUAUUCUUCAAAUAUGAACACUAGAAAGAAAUAAUGCACAACCACUUUAUUGAUAGAGAUGGUUAUGUUUGCCCUGAAGCCAAGGCAAGAAUUUGUUAUAUAAAAACAACAAUUUCAUAACUUUUUUUCUCAUUGUUGGCAUCAUGGUGUUUCCUUACAAAGAUAUUGUCUCCAAGGCCAUAGUGGUAGUAAUUACUAGCCUCUGGUUGCUCAGUCUAAGUACUGAAGCUGCUGCUCCAGAAUACCUCUAUCAUAUUUGUGGCUCUAACACAACCAUUUACUAUCCUAAUAGCACCUUUAAAUCCAAUCUCAAUCUCCUCCUCUCUAAUCUUUCUUCUAACAAUACACCCAACAACUUGUUUUAUAAUACAACUGGUGGAAGUGGUCCUCCAGGUGCGGCUUAUGGCCUGUUUCUCUGUCGAGGCGAUGUUACCAUUAAUGUCUGCCAUGAUUGUGUGUUGAAUGCCAGUCAAGAGAUAAUCCAGAGAUGUCCCAAGGAGAAAGUAGCCUAUAUUUGGUAUGAUCAGUGCAUGCUACGUUAUGAUAACAGGUCUUUUUUCGGGACAAUGGAUGAAUCACCUAAGGUGUAUAUGUGGAAUAUGCAGAAUAUCACAGAACCUGAUCGGUUUGCACAAUUGCUAGGAGAUACUAUGGAUAAAUUAGCAAAUCGGGCUUCAAGCGAUCGAUCUUUAAAUGAUCAAUAUGUCAACAGGUUUGCAACUGAAGAUGUUAAUUUUACAAGACUUCAGAGACUAUACAGCCUAGUGCAGUGCACACCAGAUUUAUCCGCAACUGAUUGUAAUCGGUGUCUUCGAGUGGCUAUAGGUGAUCUGCCAAACUGUUGCAAUGGAAAGAAAGGCGGGAGAGUUUUGCAGCCAAGUUGUAAUAUUAGAUACGAGACGUACCCAUUCUAUGAAAUCAAAGCCACAGCUCCAUCACCUUCACCGACGCCUCCUCCUGCUCCUCCUCUUCCAAUUUCCUCGACAAACCCUCGAGGUAAAGGGAAACUCUCAUCAGAAAUAAUUAUUGCCAUUGUAGUCCCAGUAGGUCUGUCUCUAGUUCUUUUGGCCAUAGGUUUUUGCCUCCUAAGUAGGAAACGAAGGAGAAAGUACAAUGUUGUAGAAGAAGAAAAUGUUGGGGAUGAAAUUACAAUAUUGCAGUCCUUACAAUUUGAUCUGAGCACAAUUGAAGUUGCCACAAACAACUUCUCUUCUGAUAACAAGAUAGGUGAAGGCGGAUUCGGUCUGGUCUACAAGGGUAUCCUUGCUGAUGGACAAGAAAUAGCAGUGAAGAGGCUAUCCAAAACCUCUAGUCAAGGUGCCGCAGAAUUUAAUAACGAGGUUGUUUUGGUGGCCAAACUUCAACAUAGAAAUCUUGUAAGGCUUCUGGGGUUCUGCCGUGAAGGAGGGGAAACGAUGCUCAUAUAUGAAUAUGUUCCCAACCAUAGCCUUGACUGGUUUCUGUUCGGUUAGGCCCUCUCUAAACACACCCUUUGAAUUCAGCUUCUUGAUUGAUGCUUUCUCUAAUCUUCACAAGAUGAACUUAAAAUUCGAGACAUCUUCAACACCCAAAUCUUGUGAAAAGUAUGCCAUAAAAGUCUUAAGAACACUAAAAAUUGCAUUAAGAUCAAAUGCUGAAGAGGUAAGAGUAUUGCAAGACUAGUAAUAAACACUAUACAAUAUUAAAGAUCAAACUGAUCUUAUAAUAUUUAUAUUUUAAAUAAUAAUUUGACUUUUUUAAUUACGCAAAAUAAAAUUAAAACGAAGAGAGAUGUAGAUAUGGAUUGAUAGAUUUGAUUGACUUGGGGAGUGUAUUGAUUGGGUUGUUUUGCAUUGGGAGUUGUGCAGAGAAGUUGAUGAGUUGAUUAUUUAGGGAGGGAAAAUUUUUUUAAGAUAAAUUUUAUACCAUUAAAUCAAAGUAGAUGAAUGUUGGAUAAAUCUUGACUUUUGUUGUAUUUUUAUAAGUUGAUAAUUUAACUUCGUAGCUGUAACAUUAGAUAAAUAUAGUGUUUUUGAAAAAGUUGCACCAUCUAUUUUGCUUGAAUUAUUUCAUUGCCCGUUUAAAUCUAGCUCCUUGUGUUUUAAUUUUAUGAAAAUAGAUCAGGAAAAGCAAGGACAGUUGGAUUGGUCACAACGUUACAAUAUUAUAGGAGGGAUCGCCCGGGGAAUUCUUUAUUUACACGAAGAUUCUCGACUUAGAAUUAUACAUCGCGACCUCAAAGCUAGCAAUGUACUAUUAGAUGGGGAUAUGAAUCCAAAGAUUUCAGAUUUUGGCAUGGCGAAAACAUUUGGUGUGGAUCAAUCUCAAGGAAAUACUAGCAGAAUCGUUGGAACAUAUGGUUACAUGUCUCCAGAAUAUGCAAUGCAUGGACAAUUCUCUGUGAAGUCCGACGUGUUUAGUUUUGGUGUAUUGGUACUGGAGAUUAUAAGUGGCAAGAAAAAUAAUACUUUCUAUCAAUCAGACGGAGCUGAGGACCUUCUGAGCUAUGCUUGGCAACAUUGGAGGGGUGGGACACCCUUGGAGUUGGUGGAUCCAAUUCUGGCAGAUUCUUACUCAAGAAAUGAAGUCAUUAGAUGCAUACAUAUUGGUUUAUUGUGUGUACAAGAAGAAGUAGAUGACAGGCCCACCAUGGGCUCUGUGGUGCUCAUGCUCAGCAGCUACUCUGCUACCCUACCGAUGCCUCGAGCACCUCCAUUCUUCUUCCGUAGCAGAACUGCAACAAGUACAUUAACAAAGGGGCUAGAGUCUGAUCAGUCAACAACCAAGUCAAUGCAAUUGUCUGUGAAUGAAGUUUCCAUUACUGAGCUAUACCCUCGAUAAAAAAGAUAGUCGAGCACGCGAGACUAAACUCCCACUAAUUUUGGAUUGUUAGAUAAGAUAUACCCUAAGAUAGUAUGGGAAAACAAUGAAUAUUUUUAUCCUAGUAUGUAAUUUGAGUUCAACAAGUUUUAGCAUCUUUAUAUACUCUAUUAAUGGAAGUUGUGGAAUUGAGCCAUCUACACUGAGGUUAUGGAUUUGAAUUGUAAGUAAUAAUUUUGUAUAAACAAUGACAAAGUUUAUGUUUGUAUCUAAUCUACUCCUCCCAAUAAUCCCUGAUCAAGGGGUAUGUUAGUUUUUGACCCUCUUUUAUUCCCAAAGUUGUAUGAAAAACUAAAAUAGAGUUAACUAUCCAUUUAAUCCCGUGAAUUCU